AUAUAAAUAUAUAUAUUUGGGUUACAACCCAUGCUGACCGCCCUCCUCAGUUUAGAACACAUCUUGAAAUCGAAUCGGACCAAAAACACAUUUAUACCCGCGAAUAUCAACUCUAUUGUUAUAUUGAAAGUUCAAUAAACUACAACCCUGCUACAGAAAGCAUACAAAUUUUGCCAUAUUCGUGUGUGCUGCUGUAUUGAGCAAUUAUAUAGUUAUAGCAAUGAAACCUCGGUUUGAAAUUGUAAAAUAUCUUGUUGAACAUGGCGCUGGUGUAAAUGGAAAGGAUAGUAAAGGGAGGACAGUGCUACACACUGCUGUUGCCAAAGGUGCGCUAGAAAUGGUAAAAUAUCUUGUCGAAAAGGGAGCUGAAGUAAAUAGCAAGGAUCCUGACGGGAGAACAGUCUUGAACCACGCUCUUUCUACAAAUAACCCAGAAAUGGUAAAAUAUCUGGUUGAACAUGGCGCUGAUGUAAAUAGCAAGGAUACUAACGGGCGGACAGUCUUGCACAGUGCUGCUACUAAAGGCACGCUAGAAAUAGUGAAAUAUCUUGUUGAACAUGGCGCUGAUGUAAAUGGUAAGAAAACUAACAGUUGGGCAGUGCUUGAAAGUGCAGUUGUUAUGCAUAACCUAGAAAUCGUAAAAUAUCUUGUUGAACAGGGCGCUGAUGUAAAUGGUAAAGGUGCUAAUGGAUUGCCAGUCUUGCAUACUGCUGUCGAUUUUUGUGUAUUAGAAAUUGUCACGUAUUUAGUUGAGCAGGGUGCUGACGUUACUCUGAACAGUAAAAUCAGUGUUCAUACUCUUGGAUUUGACAUCCUGAAGAUAGCUGUUGUAAAUAAUUCAGUUCAUUUGAUAAAGCUUCUGUUGAAAAAGAACGUUGUGUGGAGAUCCGGGACUUUCACUGUUAAAGGAAGGCAAAUGAAUCUUCUUGAAUGGAGUAUUUACCAUGGACAUGUUGAAAUAACGACUACACUUAAAAGGUCCGUAAAACAUCGUGAGAAAAUUCAGAAGUUGAAAACAACGGACUGUAACCAGUUAGAAAAGACUGAAGUACCGAUGCAGGCAUUUGUCGCAAAAAAUGAAUUCAAAAUUGGCGAUGGUUGUGGUGGUUCACGUGUCUAUGUUGGCCUCAUGAAGGAUAGAAGUGAAGUUGCCGUUAAGAGAAUUUUAGUACAAAGUGAGGAUAAAACAGUUGAAAAUGAAAAGACAAUAAUGAGUCUCAUAAAAACGAACAGAUGUAAAUUUAUUGUGCACUAUCGUCAUUUUCACCGUGGCGAUGAUUUCAUAUAUCUUAUCGUUGAUCUUUGCGAAGAAAACUUGAGGGAACUUGUUGAUGCAACCAGAAUUGAAUAUUUACGAAACCAUGGUCCACGAAUGAUUAAAGAAAUUUUAUCCGGACUCGCAUUUCUUCAUGGUAAAGGAAUAUUGCACAGAGAUUUAAAACCAUCAAAUAUCCUGGUUGAUAUCGAAGGUCGCAUGAAAUUGGCGGAUUUUGGAAUAAGCCGUGUUCUUAAUGAAGAAGAAACGACAAUUGAAACAGAUGCUAAAGGUACUCGUGGAUGGAUGCCACCAGAAGUAAUUGAAGCAAUAGUUAAAAAAGAAAAGGGUCGUUUCAAAAAGAAAUCAGAUGUCCAGGUCGCGGGUAUGAUUGCUUUCUACGUCUUAACUAAAGGUGAACACCCUUUUGGAUCUGAGUUAGAUCGAAUGAAAAAUAUUUUAGAAGGUAAUCCUGUGAAUUUGGAGAAACUUGGUGACCGCGAAGCUCAAAAGUUAGUGUUGUGGCUGAUUAGUCACAAGAUUGAUGAUAGACCUUAUGCUGACGAAGCAAUAAGGAAUUCUUUUUUCAACGAGACACAACGAACACAGCAGAGAAGUAGACUACAACAUCGAUUGUCGCAAUUUAAACGUUAA